AAUACAAAAUCGCAGCAUGGGCGAUAAAGUCACCGGCUUGUCCCGUGGACAUUAUUUCCAGCGUCAUACCAAUCAAAUCUUAACAUCCCCGAGUACGACCCGCUGUAACCCGUAUUCCCGGUUUCAUCUUCCUUGACUAGAUUCCUGCAACUUUUUCUUCAUCUUUUCGCUUUCCUCUCUGCUUUUCCAAUUUUUGAAACAAAAACACUCUCAAAUCCAAACGAAGCGAGCCACUUUUCUUCAUGACCGUGUCCACUCGUUUUCAACUCAGCCUCUGAAUUCGGCUCUUUGCGUUGGCGUAACUUAACGAGAUGUCUCGAGUAGAGGAUCGAUGGGAGCGUUUAGUACGGGCGGCAUUGAUGCGAGAAAGAACUGGGAUAGAUUCCCUUCGUUGGCCAGCUGGUGGCAUUGCUGGGAACGUUCCUUCUUCACUUGCAAACAAUAGGGAUAUAGAUGCAAUUUUAAGAGCUGCAGAUGAAAUCCAAGAUGAUGAUGCCAAUAUUUCUAGAAUUUUGUGUGAACAUGCUUAUUCACUUGCCCAAAAUCUGGAUCCGAACAGUGAAGGAAGAGGUGUUUUGCAAUUCAAGACUGGUUUAAAUUCUGUCAUCAAGCAAAAGCUGGCAAAAAAAGAUGGAGGAACCAUAGAUAGAAGCCAGGAUUUUGCUCGUUUAGCGGAGUUCUACAAGCUAUAUAGAGAAAAGAACAAUGUAGACCAGCUAUGUCGAGAAGAAAUGGAGCUGAGAGAGUCAGGAGCUUUCACUGGAAAUCUUGGCGAGUUGGAGCGGAAAACAGUGAAGAGGAAAAGAGUGUUUGCAACUCUCAAAGUUUUAGGGAUGGUUCUAGGGCAGCUGACUCAGGAAAUUCCUGCAGAGGUUAAACAAAUGAUGGAAUCUGAUGCAGCAAUGACUAAAGAUCUAAUUGCUUAUAACAUAAUCCCUCUGGAUGCUCCUACUGGGGCAAAUGCCAUCUUGUCUUUCGCUGAGGUUCGAGCUGCAGUCUCAGCUUUGAAAUACUUCACAGGAUUGCCCAGAUUGCCUGAAGAAUUUAGCAUUCCUCCUACAAGGAAUCCUGAUAUGCUUGAUUUUCUUCACUAUGUUUUUGGAUUUCAGAAAGACAAUGUUGCCAACCAGCGUGAACAUGUAGUUCUCCUUCUUUCAAAUGGGCAAUCACAACUUAGUAUUCCUGAUGAAACUGAACCAAAAUUGGAUGAGGAUGCUGUGCGGGAGGUUUUCCUGAAGUCUCUUGACAAUUACAUUAAAUGGUGUAGCUACUUGUGCAUUCAACCUGUUUGGAUCAGUUUGGAUGCCGUUAGCAAGGAAGAGAAGAUACUUUUUGUUUCUUUGUACUUCUUAAUAUGGGGAGAAGCUGCCAACAUUAGAUUUCUUCCGGAAUGUUUGUGCUACAUAUUUCAUCAUAUGGCAAGGGAAAUGAAUGAAAUUUUAAAGCAGCAGAUUGCACAGCCAGCUAAUAGUUGCAGUAAGGGAGGUGAAGGUGUUUCUUUCCUUGCUCAUGUUAUCACUCCUCUGUAUGAGGUGGUUGCUGCGGAAGCUGCAAAUAAUGAUAAUGGCCGAGCUCCUCAUUCUGCCUGGAGAAAUUAUGAUGACUUCAAUGAGUAUUUUUGGUCACUUCAUUGUUUUGAACUUGGUUGGCCAUGGCACGAAACUUCUUUUUUUCAACGACCAAAACCAAAGAAGAAUAUGCUAAACUCUGGAGGAGGUGGACGCCGGGGGAAAACUUCGUUUGUGGAGCAUCGAUCAUUUCUUCAUCUUUAUCAUAGUUUCCAUCGUCUGUGGAUAUUUCUGAUUAUGAUGUUUCAGGGACUAACUAUCAUUGCUUUUAAUGGAAAUCUUAAAUCAAAGACCAUACGCCAACUUUUGAGUCUUGGUCCUACUUAUGUUGUGAUGAAGUUCUUUGAGAGUGUGUUGGAUGUUAUCAUGAUGUUUGGUGCCUAUUCAACAACACGGCGCUUAGCUGUUUCUCGAAUUUUUCUGCGAUUCAUUUGGUUUGGUGCUGCUUCGGUUUUCAUAACUUUCCUUUAUCUGAAAGGCAUGCAGGAGUACAAACCAAAUGCAACAUCCAUUAUUUUCAGAUUGUACGUGAUAGUUAUAAUCAUCUAUGCUGGGUUCCAGUUUUUUAUUAGUUUCCUCAUGCGGUUUCCAGCCUGCCAUCAGCUGACUAACCAAUGUGAUCGCUGGCCUUUAAUUCGCUUUGUCAACUGGAUGCGCCAGGAACGAUACUAUGUUGGACGUGGGAUGUAUGAGAGAACUACUGACUUCACUAAGUAUAUGAUCUUUUGGCUUAUUGUUUUGAGCGCUAAGUUUUCAUUUGCCUAUUUUCUCCUGAUUAAGCCUCUGGCAGAGCCAACGAAGUUUAUAGUAGAUAUGGGUGUUAUUGAAUAUUCGUGGCAUGACUUUGUAUCUAAAAAUAACCAUAAUGCUUUGGCAAUUGCUAGUUUAUGGUCUCCAGUAAUUUGUAUCUAUUUGUUAGAUCUCCAUAUCUUUUACACCCUUAUAUCUGCUGUUUGGGGAUUCUUGCUUGGUGCCAGAGAUCGUCUUGGGGAGAUCCGAUCUUUAGAAGCUGUUCAUGGGCUUUUUGAUCAGUUUCCCGGGGCCUUUAUGGACAAACUUCAUGUUCCUCUUCCGGAUAGGAGUUCCCAUCAAUCACCUGGCCAGGUUGAAGAGAAGAAAAAGGUUGAUGCUGCUCGAUUCUCUCCCUAUUGGAAUGAAAUUAUUAAAAAUCUCAGGGAAGAAGAUUAUAUAACUUUCCAGGAAAUGGAGUUGCUUCUGAUGCCAAAAAAUUCAGGGAGUCUGCCACUGGUCCAGUGGCCUCUUUUUCUUCUUGCUAGCAAGAUAUUCUUGGCUAAAGAUAUUGCUGUAGAGAAUAGAUAUUCACAGGAAGAGCUCUGGGAAAGGAUUUCAAGAGAUGAUCAUAUGAAGUUUGCAGUUGAGGAAUACUACUACACCCUUAAACUUAUCCUGACAGAAAUAUUGGAUGGUGAAGGAAGGAUGUGGGUUGAAAGGAUAUAUGAGGAUAUUCAAAAGAGCAUAGGUAGGGGGAGUAUCCAUGUUGAUUUUCAGCUAAGUAAGCUGCCACUUGUGAUUUCAAGAGUAACUUUACUCAUGGGUCUUCUGGAAAAGGGGCAAACGGAGGAGCUGGAGAAAGUUGCUAUUAAAACUGUUCUAGAUCUCUAUGAUGUUGUGAUGCAUGAUGUCCUUCAUGUCGAUAUGAGAGAAAACUAUGGCCAGUGGAGUGUACUGAUAAAAGCAAGGCAAGAUAGUCGUUUGUUUUCAAAGUUGAAUUGGCCCAAAGAUGCUGAGCUGAAGGAACAAGUCAACAGAUUGCACUUGCUGUUAACUAUCCAAGAUUCCGCUUCAAAUAUACCAAAAAAUCUUGAGGCCAGGCGUAGGCUGGAAUUUUUCACAAAUUCCCUUUUCAUGGAGAUGCCUACAACAAAGCCUGUCCGUGAGAUGUUGUCUUUCAGUGUGUUCACCCCAUAUUAUUCUGAGACUGUGCUUUAUAGCAUGGCUGAACUUUUGAAGAAAAAUGAGGAUGGAAUAUCAAUUUUGUUUUACCUCCAGAAAAUAUAUCCAGAUGAGUGGAAGAACUUUCUUGCUCGGAUUGGCCGUGAUGAGAAUUCUGUAGACACUGAACUUUUAAAGAGUCCUAACGAUAUGCUUGAACUACGCUUUUGGGCCUCUUAUCGCGGACAAACAUUAGCCAGAACAGUUCGGGGUAUGAUGUAUUAUAGAAAAGCUCUUAUGCUUCAAAGCUAUUUGGAAAGAAUAGCUUCUGGAGAUACGGAAGCUGCAGUUUCUAGGAGGGAAGCGACUGAUACUCAAGGGUUUGAGUUAUCACCCGAAGCAAGGGCUCAAGCAGAUUUAAAGUUUACAUAUGUUGUUACAUGUCAAAUUUAUGGAAAACAGAAAGAGGAAGGGAAGCCUCAGGCUGAUGAUAUUGCUCGGCUGAUGCAAAAAAAUGAAGCCCUUCGUGUUGCUUUCAUUGAUGAAGUUGAAACAUUAAAGGCUGGUAAAGUACACAGAGAAUACUACUCAAAGCUUGUGAAGGCUGAUCUCAAUGGGAAAGAUAAGGAAAUCUACUCAAUAAAGCUGCCUGGAAACCCAAAGCUUGGUGAAGGAAAACCAGAGAAUCAAAACCAUGCAAUUAUAUUUACUCGAGGAAAUGCAAUUCAAACAAUUGACAUGAAUCAGGACAAUUACUUUGAGGAAGCCUUGAAGAUGAGAAAUCUUCUUGAAGAAUUCCACUGUGAUCAUGGCAUUCGUCCUCCAACCAUUCUUGGUGUUAGGGAGCAUGUUUUCACGGGAAGUGUCUCUUCUUUAGCAUCUUUCAUGUCUAACCAAGAGACCAGUUUUGUAACUCUAGGACAACGUGUUCUUGCAAAUCCUUUAAAGUGUCGUAUGCAUUAUGGUCAUCCAGAUGUUUUUGAUAGAGUUUUUCAUAUAACACGGGGUGGUAUCAGCAAGGCAUCACGUGUUAUCAAUAUUAGUGAAGAUAUAUAUGCAGGGUUUAAUUCAACUUUACGGCAAGGAAAUGUUACUCAUCAUGAGUAUAUUCAGGUUGGUAAAGGGCGAGAUGUUGGUCUCAAUCAGAUUGCUCUAUUUGAAGGGAAGGUUGCUGGUGGUAAUGGUGAACAGGUUCUUAGUCGGGAUGUUUACAGGCUUGGACAGCUGUUUGAUUUCUUUCGGAUGCUGUCAUUUUACUUUACCACUGUUGGAUUCUAUUUUUGUACAAUGUUAACGGUGCUGACAGUAUACGUUUUUCUCUACGGAAAGGCCUAUUUGGCGUUGUCUGGAGUCGGUGAAAUCCUCCAAGAGAGAGCUCGGAUAACAAAGAACAGUGCUCUGACUACUGCUCUGAAUACACAGUUUCUCUUUCAGAUUGGUGUUUUCACUGCUGUGCCAAUGGUUUUGGGCUUCAUAUUAGAACAGGGUUUCUUGAGGGCUGUUGUCAGUUUUAUUACAAUGCAGCUUCAGCUUUGUUCUGUCUUUUUCACAUUCUCUCUUGGUACCAGAACACAUUACUUUGGUCGGACUAUACUUCAUGGUGGUGCAAGAUAUCAAGCUACUGGUAGGGGUUUUGUGGUCCGCCAUAUUAAAUUUUCAGAGAAUUACAGGCUUUACUCCCGCAGUCACUUUGUUAAAGGGAUAGAAGUUAUGCUACUGUUGGUGGUAUAUCUUGCAUAUGGGUAUGGCGAGGGUGGUGCCUUAUCGUAUAUUCUUGUUUCAAUCAGCAGUUGGUUUAUGGCUCUUUCUUGGCUUUAUACUCCCUAUUUGUUCAACCCAUCAGGAUUUGAGUGGCAAAAAAUAGUGGAGGACUUUAGAGAUUGGACAAAUUGGCUUCUUUACAGAGGUGGAAUAGGAGUUAAGGGAGAAGAAAGCUGGGAAGCUUGGUGGGAAGAGGAACUGGCACACCUUCGAACUUUGAGGGGGAGGAUAUUGGAGACUAUUUUGAGUUUGAGAUUUUUCAUCUUUCAGUAUGGUAUUGUCUACAAGUUAGAUGUUGAGCGUCAUAGCACAUCAUUGGCGGUCUAUGGUCUUUCAUGGGUUGUGCUUGCCAUGCUAAUACUUCUUUUCAAGGUUUUUACCUUUAGCCAAAAGAUAUCAGUCAAUUUCCAGCUCUUGUUGCGCUUUAUCCAAGGUGUCUCCUUGUUGUUGGCUCUGGCUGGUUUGGCCAUUGCUAUUGCUUUUACGGAUUUGUCGGUCACAGAUGUACUUGCUAGUAUUUUAGCAUUUGUACCCACUGGCUGGGGAAUUCUUUGUAUUGCUGCUGCUUGGAAGCCUUUGAUGAAGAAGCUUGGACUCUGGAAAUCCAUCCGUUCCAUUGCCCGACUCUAUGAUGCAGGGAUGGGGAUGAUUAUUUUCAUCCCUGUUGCAUUCUUCUCGUGGUUCCCAUUUGUAUCAACAUUCCAAACUCGACUCAUGUUCAACCAAGCUUUCAGCCGAGGUCUCGAAAUCUCCCUCAUCCUUGCCCCCAACACAGGGAUAUGAUCUCAAUCAGACAAUUAGGAGGUUUAUAUUGUAAACCAGAGUUGCUCCAUGUUUGACUAAUUUGUUGAAGAGGUAGCAUUAGUGUGAACCAACUGAGAAUUCACUUCCUACCAGGAUUUAUUAUCAGCUGAGCUGUCUUUCUAAAUAUCUAUUGUAGUAUUGAUUGUAUAAUUACUUAAUUAGUCAUUUUAUUAAAAAUUGAAUUAAUUACAA